CGGUCUCAGUAGUACGCGCUUCUUUCGAUCAGCAAUAGUUCAACCGUCGGACAAGUGCGCAAUCCAGUCCACUUUGUGCCACUGUCGCGCGAAUAUCACUUCCAAGUCUCUCUAUUGAAUUACAGUCAUUGCUGGACACAUGAUCGUCCAAAAAUGCCUCCCACUUCACCCACCAAAACAACUGCAUCGACCUUGAACUUGGUCGGCGCCUUGCAGGGCCUACUGCGGCUGGCGCUGUUUUCGACGAUCACAAGCGUGGUGAUCGGCAGCGGUUACUUCGAUCGAGUGGCCGGGCUACCAUGUGCGUUACGUCAGUACCCGACCGGUUCGGUGUGCGUGUGCAAUGUGACCUACUGCGAUACGUUGGAGUUCGAGGAUCCGAGUCAGCCGGGGGAGUUCGUGCUGGUUACGAGCAGCAAAAAUGGCACCAGGUUCGGGCAGUCCCGCGGAAGAUUUGUCCGGGCGGAUAAUGUGACGUUUUUGCCAGAGGUGGGCCUGUUGCCUAGGCUACGGGUGGCGAGGAGUACGCGACCGGUCAGCAUUGAAGUUAAUCGAGAGAAGAAGUUUCAAAAAAUUGUUGGGUUUGGAGGAGCGUUUACAGGGGCCGUGUCGUACAAUUUGGGGCUGUUGAAGCCAGAAUUGAGGAAGAGCAUGUAUCGUUCGUAUUACUCGAAGAAGGUCGGGAUCGGGUAUAAUAUGAUGAGGAUUCCUAUCGGAGGCUGCGAUUUUGACUUGAAACCUUGGGCGUAUAAUGAGUCGCCGAUGGAUGAUAAGGCGUUGGGAAAUUUCACCGAGCUGGACAUUCGGGAUGUGGUGAAGAUCGAGCAGAUCAAGGAGUUGAUGGAGGUUACGGAUAACAAGGAUAUCAAGUUUAUGGGUGCGGCAUGGAGUCCUCCACGGUGGAUGAAAUCCAACGGCGAUUGGAGUGGGUCCAGUCGGCUGAAGCCGGAAUACUACCAGACGUGGGCAGAUUAUCACAUCAAGUAUUUGAAGCUGAUGAAGGAUGCUGGGAUGAACUACUGGGCGAUAUCUACAGGAAACGAACCGAUGAAUGCCGUGAUUGGAUUUCUGUUCAUUCGGUUCAUGAGCCUAGGUUGGGUGGCGACAAACCAAGGAAAAUGGGUUGCCAAGAAUUUGGGACCGGCGUUACGAAAUUCAGAGUUCAAGGACGUCAAACUAUUUGCGGGAGAUGAUCAGCGAUACACAUUCCCGUGGUGGUUUUCACAGAUGGACCAGGGACAUCCGGAUGCUACAAAAUACGUAGAUGGGUUAGCCGUGCAUUGGUACUGGGAUGGAGUGACACCUCCUUCACUAUUGGAUCAAGCAGCCCAUCUAUAUCCGGACAAACUGAUCUUCAACACAGAGGCGUCCCUGGGUGAUAAGCCUUUCCAAACGCAUGGACCUAUCCUCGGAUCAUGGGAUCGUGCAGAGUCCUACAUAACUUACAUUAUGCAAGAUCUGCAACAUAGCGUGCACGGAUGGAUAGAUUGGAAUUUACUACUAAACGAGAUUGGUGGUCCAAACUACGCCAACAACUAUGUGGAGACUGCAGUCGUUAUCAACGGAACUACAGGUAACGAGGUGUACAAACAACCGAUAUUCUAUGGUUUAGGUCAUUUCUCGCGAUUCAUCACGGAAGGAUCCGUCCGGAUAGAAGUAACCAGCGACGAUUCAGGAAUGAUCGUAGUAGGCUUUCAGCGACCUGAUAAUAAAACAGUUCUAGUUUUUUACAACAAAAAAUCCAGCCCGUGCGAGUUAACGAUCCGCGAUCCGGAGCGAGGCCUGACUCAACUGCAGAUCCCGGCCAAGUCGGUGCAUUCCAUUCUCUACGCUUAAUUGAAAUUAGUUUAGUCACACGACGAAAUUUGUAAUGUAAAGACAAUAUAAGACCAAAAAUAAGCCCUAA